AAAUGAAUAUAUGAAUAUUGACUAAGACAGCCAUUUUGAAAGAAACAUAUUGUUGGCCUUCCAACAACACCUGUGGCCUUUGAAAAAAAGGCCUGUUUCUCGAUUGAUUUAGUUCGAUAUUAAUCGAAUAAUCACCGGCAAAAGACUCGGCAAUGGAUUCUUGAGGGAUAAUGCGCGAUUUGUCUUUCGCAACUUGCGUAUUUAUACUGGUUUUGACCGUUGUUUACGGCCAAGGGAACUUUAUCGGCUGCAAAUUUAGCGAUUCUCUUUGUAAAGAAGAUGAGCGCUGCUUUGACGAUGCCUUGUUCGGCACGUGCCAAUCUCGGUACGGUGCAGUAGACAUUUACAAGUAUGACUUGACGCCAUCGGCGGUUGACGUACUCCAAAGACAGCUGCAGCGUCUUAUCGAGGAGAAGUACACAUGGAAGAGCAUAUACACCCAGUGUACUAUCCUAAAUUUCCUGUUGGCUUUUCGAACUAACUCUGAAUAUGAUGAGGAUUUUUGCGAUAGAAAACGCAAAGAAAAACUUGAGGAAGAAGAACUCGCUUACUAUAUCAUAAAGUCUUUAGAAAGAGAAAAAAAUGUAGGAAGUAAAGUUGACAGCUAUGAUAUUGAGAAAGAGGAAACGCUCCUACCAGAUCUCGACACUCCUAUAUCAGAUUCCAGUUGGUCGUCGAAGCCUUCAGGAAUAGAAUCAGUCAAUCGAGAACAAUUAAACGACGACUCGCUAAUUGCAGAUGAUUCAAAUUCUAUCAGAGAUGCCUAUUUGCUUAACUCUCUUUUACAAGGAGAUAUCGACGUUUCCCAAUUAAGUAAUGAUGAAGUCGAUAGACUGUCCGUUGAUGUCGAUAAAAUUAUUGAGAGUAUUACAGCGGAUAAGCAGAAGGAGAAGGGAGAAAGUGAAGUGCUUCCUGAAUGGCUGGAUGAGGACAAACCUGAAAUGGCUCCAGCUAAUGAAUUUGACUCAAAAUUAGAGCAAAAUCCAGUAAUUAGUAAUGGAGAAGGGUAUAAAACUCUUAAAGCAACAGAAGACGAAAUUGAAAAUGAAGUUAAAAAGAGAGUUAACAGCAAUGCCGAAAUUGAUAUACCUAAGGAUCCUCAUGACCAUGGUUUUGAAAACUCCAUGGUAAAUACGCAUACCGAAGGACCGAAAUAUGCCGCUGUCGACCUACACUAUACCCAUAUAGUUGUUAAGCCAGCACCUACCAGCCGGGAAGCUGUUGAUAAGGUUAUGUGGGGUAUUAUGAGUGUAAUAGGGUUAAAUGCGGGAGAUUUGAGAAAUGUAACGGUUGAAAAAGAUGGAACAAUCAACUUUUUACUGGAUUCAAAUCUAAAAGCCCAUACUUUGGGAAAACUAUUAACAGAAGGUAAAUGGAAAUUUAAGAAUUUAACCGGAAUUGAACUUGUCGAAGUAAGAUUCGGGGAGCACAGUGAAGUGGGUAUUCCUGUUGCAGAGAAGAAUGGUCCAAAGUAUUUUGUUUUAACUUUCGUUACCGUUGGAAUUAUAGCCGGUUUAGUUGUCUUUGUCGUCAUUUUUUAUGCCAUAAGACAACAUUCAAGAUCGAAGGAAAAAUUGAAAGAUUUGACUAAAACUGAUGCCACUGGUAAAGAUUACGAGGAAUUAUGCCGUCAUAGAAUGCAGUGUAAAGCUACAGAGAAACCAGAGCCAUUAAACGCCACUGUAAGAACAAUGUCAACAGACCAACCACAAAAUUCCCCAGCCAAGACAGAGUCACGCUCUAGCACCUCAAGCUGGAGCGAAGAACCUGUUCACUCGAAUAUGGAUAUUACUACUGGCCAUAUAGUUCUCUCAUAUAUGGAAGAUCACUUGAAGAAUAAGGAAAAAGUUGACGAAGAGUGGGAAGCCUUAUGCUCCUACGAAGCCGAGCCCAACUCUUGUUCUGUUGGCAUGGAACACAGUAGGAACAACCGAUUCGCCGAUAUUCUUCCUUAUAAUCACUCUCGUGUGGUUCUAAAUGCCUCCAGUAACGUAUCAGGCAUAGAUUACAUCAAUGCUAGUUGCAUUACAGAUCACGACCCACGUAAUCCAGCUUAUAUCGCCACUCAAGGACCCCUGGCUCAUACCGUAGCUGAUUUUUGGCAGAUGGUGUGGGAGCAAGGAGCAGUUACUAUCGUUAAUCUAACUGAGUUGGGAGAAAAUUUAUGUCAUCGUUAUUGGCCAGAAGAGGGAUCCGAUUUAUAUAAUACUUAUGAGGUUCAUCUGGUUUCUGAACAUAUGUGGAGCGAUGAUUACGUCGUCAGAAGCUUCUACUUAAAGAAUAUACAAACAAAUGAAACAAGAACAGUGUCCCAAUUCCACUACCUUACAUGGCCCGAAUUAGGUGUUCCACAUUCAGUCAAAUCUAUUUUAGAUUUCCGAAGGAAAGUCAACAAAUCUUAUAAAGCCCGUUCCUGCCCUAUCGUCGUUCAUUGCAGCGAUGGCGCAGGAAGGACUGGGGGCUAUUGUUUGCUGGAUUUAGUACUGAAUAGACUUGCUAAAGGAGCAAAAGAGAUCGAUAUAGCAGCUAGCUUAGAACAUAUUCGUGACCAGAGAUUGAGUAUGGUGAAGACAAAGGAACAGUUCACUUUUAUUUUGGCGUCAGUUGCUGAAGAGGUCCAUGCUAUUCUAAAAGCACUUCCACAGUAG